AGUCACUUUGCGCGAAAGGCAGUCGGCUAUCUCCGUGCAAUUCAGCUCAGUUAAGUGGGAAAGAAUUCCGAGUGUUCAUCUUUGAAGACCGUAGCAUCCUUGAAAGACCGCCGACGAAGCCGCCUAGCGGUCAACUGCAAUCGCCUAGCGCUGUUUGUUUCUUGAUAUUUGUGCGCUACCUAUCCUCGCUGUAGUUGUGUACGUAGUCGCCGGCGAUGCCUUGCUUACACAUAGCGCGGCCGCCUACUGUCUCACAGAGGUGCAUUCCUUUCAGGGAUGCGCGUCGGGGAUGCACUACGCACAGCGCGAACCAAGGUGUCAGAGGAUUUUCGACUUUGAUGAUGAUAACGAGCUGGAUCCGGAGCAGCUCGCGGCGUCCAGUAGCUGGGCGACGAAGCAGCUCAGGCCGAUCGACUCCGAAGAGGCGCGUGCCGUGAACGUGUAUCCAUACUUCAAGCCCACGAAUGGGCAAGGCCUUACUUGGCCGCGUGGAUUUCCUCAGCUAUGGUAGACUGCAGUAGCGCUCCCGCCCCCCCUUCUUGAACUUAAUUUUGGCAGAAAAGCUGUAGUUGAUAAGGUAAGGCGCAUAGAGUGCAGAAAGACAAGGGAGGCAAGAAGCGCCGCGCUUAUCUCCAUGCCGCUCCAUACGGUCCACGCGUCUCAUGCCAUGCUGCUGCCAAAAGCCUAGAAGAAGCGGGCUGCCCCGUUCGUCAUUCUGAGUGGCCGGCUGCUGCUCGCUUUUUUUGUCCCCGCUUCCGUGAUUUUGGGAGCGUGGGGGGGAGGGGGGUGCGUGCGUGUGCGUCGGUGGUGCGCAAAGCAAAAGGCGCCCUCGCCCUUUUCGUCUGUUUUGGAGGCCGAGGGGCUGCCCCGUGCCAUGGGUGGCAAGAGGUCAGCGGAAGCACUUGGAGGCGGCCUCGUGCCGGGAAGGGUCGUCAGGUAUACGAACUAGGCCCGUCGGCUUCGCGGGUUCUCGGUCAGCAACCAAGCGCCUUACGGCCUGGAGGCUUUUCGCCAUGGUCCGCCGUCGAUCGGUCCGCCGUCGUUGGCUCUAGCCAAACAUACACCAGGGACCAGACUUGGCGUGGGGAAGUUCGUUUUCGUUAAUUUUUCGCCAGUGGCCUGGCGGCCAAAUCAACUGCCCGCGCAUUUUCUCGCGGGGUCGCUUUGUGUCGUCUUCGGGUGGCGUCAUUCGUGUUUGUACGUCAUCGGCCUCCCUGUCUCAUGGCUCGGGCGCCCUUCGUGGCUUUUGGUUGGAAUGUUUUUAGCUGAUAACUGAUGGCGAGCGCCUGCGCGCGACCCUUCAUAGCAGCACCUGAUACGAGACGCUAGCACACAUGAGCUUGAGGAGCUUGCUGUCCCACUCGUAAACGAUUCCCAUUUAGCCGUGAUCCAGUCCCUCGCAAAUGUCGACCCUGACGUUGACGCGGUUUAUAGGCAAACACACGAGGCCCCGUCGUUUUCUUUUCAGAGAGAGCGCGUGAAACUCGGCUUGGGUGCAGGGUACGUUGCGCCAUGGAACGCGCAGGCCACUCUGGUCAUGCCUCCAGCCUUUUUCGGGUUGCUGCUUCCGGCGUCAGUGUCUGGGCGUGUCAGUGACAUCUGGCGGAGCUACAUUACCACAAGAUUGUUGUGGGCAACCAAAUGGCGCGUGGGUAUAUGCUCGCCUAUGGUAACACAGUACCGGAAUCCACACCUGUUCUCCCAGGAUUUUGAAGAUGAGCUCAAAUUGUACCUUCAUGGGGAUUCCUUCGUGGAAAGCCUGCUCGGGUGGAAUUUCGAGUUCGCCCCCUCGACUUCGAGAAGAGAGACGCGCGCGCCCUCCUUGCGUUCAGCAUACCUCAGUGUGAUGCAGAUGCUCGCGCGGAAAAACUUCUUAAGCCUGUCCGAUGUCGAUCUAGCUGGGGCUUGGGUUACGGAUCUGGAGCAUGUGGGCUGGAAGUGGCCAGAAGUCACUGCCAACCUCUCCAGUUGGAAAAUUGCCGCUGAGGAUGUUGUGGACCGCCGGCGGAUAGAGUGGCGAGCCCCCGAUCGACGGCUUCUCAGCAUGUCAC